UUCUCUUUAUCGUAUAAUGUUCACAAAUUGUAAUGCAAUUCGUGUCAUGGGUAGUGCAUUUUGAAGGAUCAAAUACUCAACAUCCCAUAUUAUCAAUUUUACAUCGUGCGAGAAAUGAUGGACGUGACAAUCAAACUUUGAAAAUCGACUGUGCGCAUGCGCAGAACCACAAAGUGGGAUUUCUCGGCAGGUAGCAAGGAUUGGCAGAACACCUGCUCGACUUUGCGCGUGCGCAGAACCACAAAGGGGGAUUUCUCGGCAGGUAGCAAGGAUUGGCAGAACACCUGCUCGACUUUGCGCGUGCGCAGAACCACAAAGGGGGAUUUCUCGGCAGGUAGCAAGGAUUGGCAGAACACCUGCUCGACUGCGCGUGCGCAGAACCACAAAGGGGGAUUUCUCGGCAGGUAGCAAGGAUUGGCAGAACACCUGCUCCUCAGCACCGCGGACAGCGACCAUGACGCGCCUGCGCAGGAAGGCUCUCGUCGCACUUUUCCUCUUCACGCUCUUCAUCUUCGGGACCAUGAUGGGCCUCCGGACGCUGAAGCCCAGCGACGGCUUCUCGGACCUGGCCCCCGGCAUGGACCUGACCGGGGGGAGGUCCGAGCGCAGGCGGGCGGAUGUGAGGGACGUGCUGGCGUCGCCAGGGCAACCGCCUCACAUGGACGCCAGCUACACCAAGGUGGUCUUCACCAAAUCCGACAGAGAUUUCAGCAUCUUCUACGACGUUCACAUCUUCUACUAUCUGUGGUACGGCUCUCCCAGCGUGGAUAACAAGUACAUCCACUGGGACCACGUGCUGGUGCCGCACUGGGACCCUAAGAUCGCGGCCAGCCAUGCCCAGGGCAGGCACACCCCCCCGGAGGACAUCGCCUCCAGCUUCUACCCGGAGCUGGGGCCCUACAGCUCCAGGGACCCCAAGGUGCUGGAGUCACACAUGGCCCAGAUAGAGGCGGCUGGAGCAGGGGUACUGGUGUUGUCAUGGUACCCUCCUGGGGUGGCGGAUGACCAUGGGGAGCCCUCCGAGGAUCUGGUUCCUGCUGUCAUGGAUGCCGCCCACAAGCACAGCAUCAAGGUGGCCUUUCACAUUCAGCCAUACAGGGGACGGACGGAUCAGAACGUGCAUGACAACAUCAAAUAUAUUAUUGACAAGUAUGGAAAACAUGGGGCCUUUUACAGAUUCAAAACGAGCACAGGGCAAGUGCUGCCCCUCUUCUACAUCUAUGACUCCUACCUGACACCACCCGAGUCCUGGGCAGAGCUCCUGACACCUAAAGGCUCCCAGAGUAUCCGAGGCACACCGUAUGAUGGGGUUUUUGUUGCCCUCAUUGUUGAGGAGCGCCACAAGCAUGACAUCCUCGCAAGUGGUUUCGACGGAAUCUACACCUACUUCGCCUCCAAUGGCUUCUCCUUUGGCUCCUCCCACCAGAACUGGAAAGCCAUCAAGGCUUUCUGUGAUGCCAGUAAUCUGCUGUUCAUCCCCAGUGUCGGCCCAGGAUACAUAGACACUGCUGUACGACCCUGGAACAACCACAACACCAGAAACCGGGUCAACGGACGCUACUACGACACGGCACUGCAGGCAGCUCUGUCCGUCAGACCGGACAUCGUCACCAUUACAUCCUUCAACCAAUGGCAUGAAGGCACACAAAUAGAAAGGGCUGUACCCAAGAAAACAGUGACCCGUUUGUAUCUAGACUAUCAGCCUAACCAACCAGAUCACUUUUUGGACCUUACACACCAGUGGGCAGAGAGCUUCCACAGGGAGAAGGACAAGUGGCUCAUGUGAACGUAGCAUCAGCCGGGACCUUAUUGUAACUGGUGGGAGUAUCAAUUACAAUCAGGCUGUUUGAAAACCACACAUUGCACCUACGAUGCCCAUUUCAUUGUGGGACAGACUGUGUGAGGCAGAAUGGUCAGCUGGAUAAGAGAAACGUUUCCAAAAGUCCCACAUUAUCCAGGCGUACAGCGUACUACUUUUUGGUGAAAUCGAGGCCAACUAGUAGUCGUAUGAGGUUUUGAAAAAGGCCUAAAGCAGCUCCCUCUGUUGAAAGAAAGGGCUUUUAUGUUCAACAUGCUUUCUCUAGCUUUAAGCUCUCUGGAUUUCCAUAAAUCGAUGGACUGGUGACCUGUCCAGGGUGGACCCCUGCGUCUCGCCUGAAAGAUUAGCUGGGAUGGGCUCCAGCAGACCCCCAUUACCCUGCAAAGGAUAAAGCGGGUAUAGAUAAUGGAUGGAUGGAUGGAUGGAUUUCCAUAAAUCUCCACCCUGCCCUUUGUAUUUUGGGUCACUGACUUUUUUUUAAAAAAAAAGGUUAAUAAUUUUAUUCACUAGUUGAAGCUACAACAUCAGUCAUGAACAGCCGAAUGCUGUGUCCUUAGUAUUCCUUUGUAACUUCCAAAAGUCUGGUUAUGAAGAGUAACUUCUUAGAGUUGGUGAUUUUUUUCAUGAUGAAGACUGUUCUUUCCUGUAUUUCCUUGUUUACCAAUUAAAAUGUCUCUGUUUACAGUUAGAGAAUGAGAUUUAAUUUUACUUUUUUUAAAUUACUGUAUUAUGUAGUAAGACACAGAGCACAAUUUAUUGCAAAACAUUUAUGGUCAUGUAAGUAGUUGCAGAACAGAAUAGAAUUAUUGUGAACAAAUCUGAAGGAAAAACGUUGACUGAACUUCAACAGUGAGAUUUGAGGGAUACUCAAUCACACACUUUCCACCGAGGGCUAUAGUACUGUAAUUGUCCUCUUCUUCUGUAUAGUUUCAAGCCAUUCCUUUUGUUGAGGUGGUUGCCUUUCGCCCUUUUGCCAGCCAUGUCUUCACAUAAGGCAGUGGAUCCCACUGUCUGCAUGGUGGUCCCACACAGCUGAUGAAGAGGAGAUUGGAUGCAUUCCAAUUUGUGAAUUUGCAAUGAUCCUGUUCAUUGAGCUGAACCCUCUUUCACAGUCGGCAUUGCUUGGGGUCACUGCCAUAAGCAGCUUCUUCAUCCGAUUAGGAAUGCUCCUCGCCUCGUCUCCUUCUUAACCUGAGGAGUGAGCAGGCAGUUUCUUUUCACCAGACAGGGUGGGGUUUCUCCA